UUUGUCAGGAGAAAAAGGAUCGACCGUUGACAUUACCGCAAUCGGUGCAGUUGUGCACCUACCUACCCAUUUGGCACACAAUCCACCAACUGCCCUUGUAGAGUUGCAGUCCGGCUUCCGUUCCGUCAAAAUGGAUUGAGUGGCCCCAACCUACCAGAAAUUGGAGAGUACCUUUUCUUUAACUUUUGCAAAUUUUGAGGCUUUGCACCAUCUUUUGAAUCUUCAAGCUCCAGAUUCUGGGUUCUCCAGGUUAGAAAGAUAUAUCAAAUCCAGAGCAUGGCUCAUUUGGGCAUCUCAAACUCAGUGAAGAAGCUCAUCCGAGUGGACAUUGUUUCUGAUACAGUAUGUCCUUGGUGCUUUGUGGGCAAGAAAAACCUAGAGAAGGCCAUGAAUGCAUCAAAGGAUCUGUAUGCUUUUGAGGUUCAGUGGCAUCCAUAUCUCUUGAAUCCAUCUGCACCCAAAGAAGGUGUUACAAAGAUAGAGUACUACAAGAUGAAGUUUGGGGAAGAACAAUCAAAGCAGAUACUAUCUCGCAUGACCAAGGUAUUUCAGGGUCUUGGAUUUGAUUAUGAUACUUCUGGGCUUACUGGGAGUACGCUCGACAGUCACAGGUUGAUAGAGUUUGCUGGGCAUCAGGGUCUUGAUAAGCAGAACAUGCUUGUGGAAACCUUGUUUCUUAGCUAUUUCUGUGAGGGAAAAUUUAUUGGUGACAGGCAAGUUCUUCUGGAGGCUGCUAAUAAGGUUGGGAUCACAGGAGCAGAAGAGUUACUCAAUGAUCCAAACAAAGGCCUUGCUGAGGUUGAAGAGGAGGUCAGGAAGAACUCCACCUUUGUUAGGGGAGUCCCACACUUUACAAUUAAUGGCAAGCACAAGCUAAGUGGUGCCCAACCUCCUGAGGUAUUUCUUAAUGCUUUCCAAGCUGUUGCCAAUGAAAAUUCGCAAUCUUAGAUGAAUAUAUCUACACGAUACUUGUUAAAUAAACUGCUGAAAAUGGUGAUUCAGAAUCUUAGAUUUUAAAACGUGGGUGUGAAGCUUAUAUGUUUGUUCAAAAUAAGCUCCUGCUAUUGCUAAUGACAACCUCCAAUCUUAGAUUGUCAAAUUAGCUGUGAUUUCUAUUAGUUGAACUUUCAUUAGAUCAUGUUCUCCAAUUUCUGGAAUGAAUUUGUGCCAUGCUUCCGGUUGA